AGAGAAGAGAAGUAAAGUGAGAAGAGUGGGAGAGAAGAGAGAGAGAGAAUCUGUGUGGGUGUGCCCGGAGCCACCUGGGGUCAUUACCAAGCGUAUAUCUCACAAACCCACCCGCACCCACCCUUUUAGCUUCUCUUUUCCCUUGUCCAGAUCUCUUCCCAUCAGGCACAGGGCAGGUCAGUCUGCAGUCAUAGUCGCGGCUGGGUGCGCCUCAUGAAAGAAAACUGCACGCCCGCAUCUGCCCACACAUAUCCCCCGUCCCUUCCCCCAUUUCUCCAACAUUUUCUUUCCCCGUCUUGUCAACGUUCCCAACCUCUCCGCUCUUUUUGCGUCUUCUAUUUGCUUGCUUGGCUUGCGAUUGCUGCAAUCAGUCUCUUCCAACAUCAAAAGGGUUUCUGUCGUGUAUACGGUAAGUGUCUAUCUUGUUUGCUGCUCUCUUCCUGCCCACGCGAAGCGAACUGCCACUUCACAAGUGUGACGUGCACGUGGAUGGCACAUUGGCCAAUGCAAUCAUUGCUGACCAGCGGCAAUCAGGUUCGCGCCAGCAAUCUACAGCCAGGCUGAAGCGCACGACACUCAUUGGAAGUCCAAAUAAUCUGGCACGCCGCCACGUACUUGUCUCUUGAUCUAUCCUGUUGGACUUUCGCUUCCUUGCCAGCCGAUUGCCAGC